AUGGUUUAUUUUAUCUCUUUAUUUUCUCCUUUACAGAUCAACCUCCGCCUCAUCCUGGUGAGCGGGAAGACGAAAGAAUUCCUCUUCAGUCCCAGCGAGUCUGCUGGUGACAUUGCUCAGUUUGUCUUCGAUAACUGGCCUGAAGAAUGGGCAGAUGAAAGCGUGAGUAAAGCUGAAAUCCUGCGCCUGAUCUACCAAGGGAGGUUUCUGCAUGGCAAUGUGACGCUAGGGGCUUUGGGCCUCCCCACAGGCAAGACCUGUGUCAUGCAUCUCGUCCCCAGAGAGAACCUGCCCGAGCCCAAUUCGCAAGAUCAGCGGCAGAAGAGCAAGGGUGGAACCUCCAGCUGCUGCUCAGCCUCCUGCGCCAUCCUCUAGUGCGUCACAGAUCCCAGGACACUUCCCAGCAUCACCACCUCCUAGUGUGGCUCCAUCCGUUACCAACAGCCACUUCUGCAAUCCUCCAGUCACUUGAAUGCCCUAUCUGCUAGUGUACCCUAUUGGCUGGCACCUCAUGCGACCUGGGUUUGUCUCCCAAGGAAUAGCGUGGCCAGUUUCCAAAGUGCACUGUGGGUCUUCCUUUUCUUAGAUCAUGUGGACUCACUCAUGUGGACAGGCUUGGCAUAUUGCCACCACCAGACUGAAUAAAUCCAGUAAAGUGGCAGUGACUUUGCCUGUGUGAAAGUUGGACAAUGUGGCACAGUCAGAAUGAUCUUUGAUUAACACUUAAUCAGCUGCUGUAGACUGGCCUUGUGGAAUCAUAUAUUAUACUAUACUGUUAUCCAUCACUGUAAGAGGACUUUAUUAAAGCCAGAAAAGAGUUUAAUGGAAAUGAGUGAUAUAGUAGUUAUAGCAUAAUUAAAAGUGGUGUGUUGUUGUGACAGUCGAAGUGCUAAGCUCCCUCCAGCUACCUUGCAGAACCCCAGAACCAUGUAUAGUUUACUUGGAAAGGUACAAUUCUACAAGUAUUCACUGCCCUUCUGAUCACAACAUGGAGUCUGGUUGAAAGAGAAAAAUGUAUUGGUUGUAGAAAAAGCAAGAAACAAAAGAUCUGUUUAUGGAAUAAGGAUGGAUAGGAUGAUAAAGCAAAGGAACAAGAAGGCAAAGAGGGAUGUGGCAUGUUUUCCCGGGAGUGGGUCAGUCUGUGAUGAAUUUCUUCCCUAAUAUCCUCUGCCAGAGAUGGAGAGGCAUUAACCGCAAGGUUAUGAGUUGUUUCAUCAGAGAAAAUAUAGUUAUGUGGUGAGGACAUGUUCACAGACUUGUAAGUCAAUACUAUAAUGUGUCUUCUUGCAAUAUUGGAACCUAAACUUCAUGUGUUGUGCAGUGAAGUUUCAGAGCUUUCAUCCAGUGACUGGUAAUGGGUUUUGCAGGCACUGGUACAACUCACAAGUGUACAUAUAUAUAUAUAAUAAGGAAAUUAAAAAAAAGAUUAUGUGAUAUAAAACAAUGUGUAGCUCACUCAUAUAACUUUCAUCUGUCCAGACAGUGUUUCAAGGUGGUUGUCUACACCUGUGUUGCUUUGUUUGUUUCUUGCCAUGUGGGUCAGCUCUCCUCAGGUGUGAUACCGGGCAUGCUGUGGGUACCUGGGCAACAACAUGUCUACUCCAUACUUCCAGUGAAAGAGUGAUUCAUGUCCAAAAUAUUGAUUACAUGCAGUACAUUAGAACCUGUCAUGUAUGUUUAUAGUAGAGUUGUGUUAUUGCUAUUGUUACACAAAUUUAAAAUCUGCUGGCUCAUGUUAGUCUGGUUUUGCAAAGUACCGUUGGAUCCCUUAUGAUCUCUUUUUAGAUUACUGUCAUCUGAGUUGAAGAGCGGUUUAACUUCCCCGUGAUUUUGCCGGGGGGAUAUAAGCCACAUUUAACAUGGCUGAAAUGGUGCUUAGCCCAGCAUGCCCCAUGUGUCUGUGUGACCUGAUGCGUGACCCCUCCAGUCCCACAGCUGUUGAUGUGACAGCCGUUACCUUUUUGUAAGAUGCUGUUAUGUGAGCAAAGCUUUACAGUGUUACUCCUAGCUUUGUGAGCUCUGGUCCAUAGUGACUGAAGCUGCCCCACUUAAUCAAUGUUUCCUUUAUUUAGCCAUACUAGACUUGCCAUGUAAUGUAUCAUGUAGACAUGAUAUUCAUACUCCAUCUUCCAGCUCCAGUCACAGUGGCCGCUGAUGCUCGUCACGUGUAACAGGUGAUUAUCGAGGUCAGAGUUAGAAUGAUGUUAUGUUAAAAAGUGUGAAAACUUGAGUAUUCCUCAUUGUAGGUGGGACUUUAGUCUGUAGUUACAACUCAACUCAGAAUUGAAUGAUGACCAAGACCCAACAAUGAGAGACUUUUAUCUUAUAACUUUAUUGUCUCAUUUUCAGAUAUGAGGAUAUGUGAGUGUUUGCAUGUUUUCUUUCUAUAGAAUAUAUAUAUCUUGGCAUUUACCAUGAAUGUCUUUGUGCUAUACACAUCAUUCAUCACAUUUCAUUUCAUCGUAUCUCAUACAUUUACUGGUCAUUCACCAUCAGCAUGUCAGAAUAAUUUGCGAUGUUCCUCAAGAAGAGAGAUGUGUCCCUGUCCGCCAUUGGAAGUGGGGAGAAUGUGAAGGACCCUUAUUCAUGCUUUACUUGAGUUAUUGACAUGAUUUUCUUAUUUUGUUCAUUGACAGGGAGGCUCAAGUGAGAAGAUGGUAAUAAUAUAUUUUGAUCAUUCACGUACCUCUGAGCUUUGUGCAACUUUUUUUUUUUCCCCCCCUUUCUUUGUUAUUAUCUUAUCUUUUCUGUUUUUAUCAUUUUAGGUUUCAUGGUCAUAUGGAUGAGGUUUUGAACUAUCUGAAAAUUGUAUAUUUUUGUUUAUAUAUCUUGUCUUGAUUGCUAAUCUGUUGAUAAAACUUACCGCAUCAAAAGAAAUAUUUGGUUGCUCAGUUGUUCAUGAACUAUUUCCACAUUUCAUUCUCAUUGAUAAAUUUGUAUCUUUGGUAUAGAACUGGUUAACUUAAUUUAUUCAGGAAGAGACUUGGUUGAUGUGUAAUGUUUUUGUAUCCAUAAUCCUGAUUGGGCAGUCAGCCCUAUGCAAGUGGCAUCAUCACGGAUCUAGAAAUUAUGACAUUUGUGAGCACACCUUUCAUAUUAAGAAAAAAAAAAAAAAAAAAGAGAAAAAAAAAUGGACAUAAGAGACGACUCCAAUAUUGUGACUCGCCUCAGCACACUUUUAGUAUCAUGAGGGAAGUAAAUAAUCAGAUUUUCAAAGAACGUCUUCUCUUUUUUGCUUGCAUUAGACUCACUCAGGACUUACCGACAACAAUCAAAUUCUUAAAUC